UUUAGCUGUUAACACUCGGUGACAUUUUGCCUGUGUGUUACCCUGUAGGCUCUUUGCACUGUGUUUCUCAGCUCUCCACAGGCUCUCCGGGAUCCUGGACGACUUUGUGUGAAAUGUGCUGGUAGUUUUAUUCACUUUUCUUUUCGACAUGGAGCCUCUGGAUUUCGAAGCCAUGAACUUCACGGUGGAGCCGGCGGCAGGUCACCCGUUAUGUGAGGACUGGAGACACGGCUCGGAGGGCUCCGUGUUCCACCUCGCUAAUAUUUUCCUUUUCCUUGGCUUCAUGGGCGGCAGCGGCUUUUAUGGACUCCUCUACCUGUUCAGCUUCGUGACUCUGGGCUUCUUCUGCUCCACUGUGUGGGCAUGGUCGGACUCCUGCACCACGGACUCCUUCCUGUGGAGCUUCGCUCUCUUCGCGGUGUGUCUGGGACAAGUCGUGCAUGUUGCCUACCGGCUGAGGAACGUCUCCUUCGACAUGGAAUUCCAGGAGCUUUACAACUGUAUGUUUAAAAAACUAGGAGUGUCGCUUCCACAUUUUGGGAAGAUAGUGACCUGCUGUGAAGGAGACAUCCACACCUUAGAGAGAGACCACUGCUUCGCCAUAGAGGGAAAAACUGCUAUUGACAAGCUGUCGGUGCUCCUGUCUGGCAGAAUCCGUGUGACGGUUAAUGGAGAGUUUCUGCACUACAUCUACCCUUUCCAGUUCCUGGAUUCACCGGAGUGGGACUCUCUCAGACCAUGCGAGGAGGGUGUAUUCCAGGUGACCCUGCAUGCUGAUAACCCCUGCAGAUACGUGGCGUGGAGGAGGAAGAAACUCUAUCUGCUUUUUGCUAAGCAUCGCUACAUAGCUAAGAUCUUUGCCCUGGUGGUGCGUAAUGACAUCGCAGAAAAGCUGUACUCCCUUAACGACAAGGCUUUUGACCGGUCCGGGCACCGCUAUGAUCUCCGCUUACCAACUUACUGUCACAUGCCAGGGACAAAAUUAGAAAAGGCAGAUGUCUUCAUGCAAGUGCCAGUGCAGGGGGCAAGGACUGCCUGAAAACACACACACACACACACACUGCUCCAAGUGUUGUAUUAUCUGUACCAUGUAGGGUAAGUGAGUUUCAAGUGAUGUUAUCUUGAAUCUGCCUGCAUUAUUGUGUCGGGCCAAUAGGAUCCUGUCAAGGGACUGCUAUGUGUAAGACUGGGGUCACAUGACUGCACAAAAGACUCCGAUCGGCCCUGACAGAAACAUGACACCCGGGUGGACUCCCCUUUUCUGACGUGAUGCUAUGUGACGUGUGUGAAGUGAAUAUAUAAUAAAUCAAAUCACCAGGUAUUUGGACAAUUAUUAUAGUUUAUAAAGUAAAAGACAUAUACUUAUGCUCUCCUGAAACAGUCAUGUUGCCUCCCUGAUGCACACUUCAUUCAAGCUCGACAGGAAAUAAUUAAAACUCGUCAAAAUUGUCCUUGUUAGUCUUUCCAACAAUCACCAACUCUGGUUUGAGAGUUUCAAAGAGAGACUGAAUGAGUAACACGUAUAAUAAAGACAGUAACCUCCUAAUGCUGCUUUCUACUCGGUACUACUGUUUACUGACCCUGUUCUUCUGGUGCCUCCGUGACGCUCAAUGUGACGCACCAACAAAAUCAAAGCAGAAAAGCCUCCAAUGAUGCACAGUGACUGAGUGGCUGUUGUUUGCCAGAAGAGAGAUCUUAAGCAUAUUUUCCAAAAUGAUGAACUAUUUCUUUAAGCUGGUAGUUUGGUGUCUCAUUAUUACAUUUGCUUGUAAUUACAUUAUUUACAUGCUGGUUUUUAACCCUGUGUGACGCAACAUUUAAUUGACACUUCAGUACUAUUAAAAGUGCAAUGUGUUACUGCUGCCAUGUGCCUGUAAUGUCAUUUUGAGAUGGGAGUUUACUUAAUAUAUUAUUGAUGUUUGCAGAUGCCUUCACCAUGAAGUUUUAUCUUCCGUUGGUCUGUCUGUAAAGCCGAAACGUAGUUUAUAUUUAUAUUUGGAAGUGAAUAUAACUGAAAGUGAAAGUGAGAGUGUGUGUGCAUUGAAAUGGUUUUAGGCUCAUGACACUCGGCUCAGAUUAUGCUGUUAAAAUGAACCUAAUUGCAAACAGAUUUUCUUUGUCAACUUUAUUUUUUAGACAAGCAUUAAUGUAUUACAUGUAUUAAUUCUUUAAAUUAAAAUUAAAAUAAGCUAUAUACUUUGAUGUUUAAGCACUUUUUAAAUGUAUAAAGUGUAACAGGUGGCUGCACGUGUCUUGUAAUGUGUAAUAUUGACAUAUUAGAUUAAUGGCUAUUGUUAAUGCAACAUUGUGCAGAUGGUAAAUGUGGAUGUAAAUAGGCUCAUUGUGUCUUGUACUGUACACAUAAAUUAUACUUGUGUAAAUUUUUCUUAUUUGGAGUGUCAGUAAUUUAACCACAUGUUGCGAAUGUUUGUAUUAUGAACAUAUAUUAAAUAUUAUAUAUUAGGUGUAAA